AAGAAGACUGGCGGUGCAGCUCCAGCGCCAAUCUCCGACGAGCGAUUCGCCAGCUUCCAGACCGAUCCUCGAUUCCGGCUGCCGUCGAGGAAGCACACCAAGACGACCGUCGACAAGCGAUUCGCGCGCAUUCUCAAGGACGACGAGUUCACGGCCACGGCCAAGGUGGACAAGUAUGGACGCAAGAUCAAGUCGGACUCUAAGAAGAAGGCUCUGCAAAGGCUCGAUGAUGAAGACGAGAGCGAAGAAGACGAAGAAGAGGACAUUGAGGUCGAGGAUGACGAGGUCGUGGAGAGAGAGCUUCUCGCUGCUUCGAGGUCUCGAAAGUAUGACCCCGCCCGAGAGGGAGGCUUCUCCUCUUCCGAAGACGAAGACUCCUCGGACGAAGACUCUGACGACGAAGUGCUGGACCUGGCUACCGGUGGCGACAUGCAGCGGUUAGAGCAGGAGGAGAUCAAGACCGGAGAAGUCACGACUCGGAUAGCCGUCGUCAACCUGGACUGGGACCACGUCAAGUCGACAGACCUGAUGGCUCUCUUCUCCAGCUUCAUCCCCGCCAACGACGGCGGAAAGGUUCUCAACGUUGCCAUAUACCCAAGCGAGUUCGGAAAGGAGCGCAUGCAGCAAGAAGAGCUGGAAGGGCCGCCCAGGCAGCUGUUCAAGAAGGGCAAGAAAGACGAGGAAUCCGACGACGAGAGCGCAUCCGACAGCGAGGCCGAAGAGGCCGCCAUCAAGAAGAAGCUGAUCCAGGAGGGCGACGAUCAAGAUUUCGACAGCGACGCCCUGAGGGCCUACCAGCUCGACAGGUUACGGUACUACUAUGCCGUAAUGACGUGCUCAAGUAAGAGCACUGCACAGGCCAUCUACGAAGCGACAGACGGAACCGAGUACCAGGCCUCAUCCAACUUUAUCGAUCUGCGCUUCGUUCCGGACGACGUCACCUUUGACGACGAGCCCAGAGACCAGUGCGACAAGGUCCCCGAGUCAUACAAGCCCAUCGAGUUCGUCACCAAUGCGCUGCAAAGCUCAAAGGUGAAGCUCACCUGGGACAUGCACCCCGAAGAGAUCAACCGGAAAGAGUCCAUCAAGCGGGCCUUCAAGGGGAGCAGAGCAGAGAUCGACGAGCAGGACCUGAAAGCCUACCUCGCCGGUGACAGCGACAGCGACGAGGACGAGGACGACGAUGCCGAGGCGGCGACCGGCGACGCAGCUGCUGCUGCCGCCGAUGGCGAACCCAAACUGAGCAAGAAGGAACUGGCUCGGAGAAAGAUGCGCGAGGCCCUCGGUCUCGCGGCCGAACCAGAGCCCGCCAAGAAAACCAAGGAUGCCCCCGUGGGCGAAAUGGAGGUGACCUUCACUCCAGCCCUGUCAGGCGGAAAGGCCAAGGAGGAAGAGAGGGAAGAGACGACCAUCGAAAAGUACGCCCGCAAAGAGCGCGAGCGGAAAGAAAAGAAGCGCCAAGCCGCCAAAGCCAGACGCGAGGCGGCCCUCAACGGCGACAAGGGCGCUGAAAGCGAUGAUGAUGACAUCCAGGUUGUUCACGGCGGUGAUGACCACGACGACGAUGGCGAGGAUCUCGGCUUCAACGACCCCUUCUUCACAACCGCAGACCCCGCCCCCGCAACGAAAUCCUCCAUCCGCAAAGAGGAGCGCCGCAAGAAGCGCGAAGCCCGCGAAGCCGCAGCCGCGCUCGACGCCCAGGAAAAGGCCCACCUGGCCAAGGUCAUGGCCGAGGACAAGGACGACAACCGGGCGGAGCACCUCGACCACUUUGACAUGAACGAGAUUCUGCGCGCCGAGAAGCAAAAGGGCAAGAAGGCGAAGUACCAGAAGAAGAAGAAGAACAAGGGGGAUGUGGCGGGCCUGCAGGAGGACUUUGAGAUUGACGUCAAGGACGAGCGGUUCAAGGCCGUGUUUGACAGCCACGAGUUUGCGAUUGACCCUUCGAAUCCCAAGUUCAAGGCUACGGAGGGGAUGAAGAAGUUGUUGGAGGAGGGGAGGAAGAAGAGGAAGAUGGCGGUUGGGGGAGAGGAGGAGGAGGAUGGGUCGCGGGAGAAGAAGAGUAAGAAG